AUGGUCCUUUUAAAUACGACAAAUCCUAUCAAUAAAGUUGUUAUAUAUAUAAUUGUGAUUGUUAUGCUGUUGCUCGUAUCUUUUGCUACCAAAAGAGGAUUUUCUACAGGAUGUAACACGGCUAGAAGCACGAUCAGCAAAAGAACGUUUGGGUUCUCAUCAUCGUGGUCGCAAGGUUCAUCUCAUCAGGGAGGAUCCGCUAGUGCAGCGGCCAACAACUUUGCGGCUGCAUCGGCGAAUUUGAUGCCAUAUAAUAUUACUGUGGCGUACCAACCGAAGGAUCGGGAGGAAUCGAAUCUCUUUAAGAGCAAAAACCAUAAGCCCAGCCCAGCGCAGAAGUCACCUACGGGAGAAGACAAUUUAUUUGUCUCAGAAAAGUCAAAAGACGGUUACAUUGCGCUUGGGGUAGCGGACGGAGUGGGAGGAUGGUCAGAAGCGGGGUAUGACUCGUCAGCCAUCUCUAGGGAGCUAUGUGCGUCCAUGAAAACGAUUUUUGAACAACAGAAGGAGCACGCAGAUUUGACACCCAAAGGCCUUUUGGCUGAUGCAUUUAAGGAGAUACAGGACUCUCCAAAGGUCGAAAUAGGUGGGACUACUGCAUGUUUGGGUAUUUUGACCCCUGACUAUAAACUUAAGGUGGCUAACUUGGGAGACUCGUGGUGUGGGUUAUUCCGUGGCUACAAGUUGAUAAACGAAACAAAUUUCCAGACGCAUAAUUUCAACACACCAUACCAAUUGGCCAAGAUUCCAUUUCAAAUAGUAAGACAAGCUGAACUUGAAGGAAGACGUUACAUCAUUGACACUCCUGAUCGCGCGGAUGAAUACUCUUGGGACUUGCAAAAAGAUGAUAUAAUCAUGUUUGCAACAGAUGGGGUUACCGAUAAUGUCAUUCCUAAUGAUAUUGAGCUUUUCUUGAAAGAUAAGUUAGAGCAACAGCCUAAGGUGGACUUGGCUGACAUUUCGCAGUCUUUUGUCGAGGAAGUAGUUAAAGUAUCAAAAGACGUGAACUUUCCAAGCGCUUUCGCACAGGAGUUAUCUAGAUUAACAGGUCAAAAAUAUUUAGGCGGUAAAGAAGACGAUAUAACCGUUGUAUUAGUCAAAGUUACAUAA